AUGGAACACCAACAGCUAAAAGAUGGCACCUCCGCGGCAUCACCAGCCACUUCAAACCUGACUCCUGAGCAAAUCCAACGAAUUGAAAUCAACCGGCUAAAAGCAAAGGCUCUCCGCGAACAGCGUGAAGCCGAAGCGGCCUGUCAAAAUAGAGCAAGUCCCGGCUCUACCGUCGCGGGAACCAAGCGGCCCUACUCCGCGACUCUAGAGACGCCGUCGACUCUUCGCGAUGGGAGAGCACAUGCCUCAACGGAGCGGGGCCCGCUGGAUACCAUCCGCCCAGCGCGCAAUUUCUCUAAAUAUGUUGAGUAUGACUUUAGCAAGAUGACAGACACUAAAGGCGGUUUCUUGACCGCAGACGAUGACCCGUAUAACAAGGCGCUACAUGCUGAUAGUAAGCUGGACGGCAAACCGGCACAUAUGACUCAAAAGGAGUGGGAGAAGCAGCUAUUGUUGCAGAACUUAAGGAAAGAUAAAGCAGGCCCGUUUGAACCCGGCCUGAGUGUUUUGAGACAGAAGGAUGGGCAAAGACAAUGUCGAGAAUGUGCGACGGUGGAAAUCGAUUGGAAGUGGGAGGAGAUCUUCAAGUGUUGCGUGUGUCACAGUUGCAAAGAGAAGUAUCCUGACAAAUACAGUCUGCUUACCAAGACCGAGGCGAAGGAGGAUUACUUGUUAACUGAUCCCGAACUGAAAGACGAAGAGCUCCUCCCGCAUAUGGAGCGCCCGAACCCCCAUAAAGCCACAUGGAACAACAUGAUGCUUUUCCUCCGUUAUCAAGUCGAAGCAUAUGCCUUUUCUCCCAAAAAGUGGGGAUCUCCGGAAGCGCUAGAUGCGGAGUUUGAAAAGCGGGAGGCGGAAAAGAAGCGGCGAAAAGAGGCCCAGUUCAAAACUAAACUGCAAGAUCUCAAGAAGAGAACUAGGGUUGAGGCGUACCGCAGGAACCGUCAGGCUGCCGGGGGAGGUGCAGGAGGUAACUUUGGAGAUGAUUUGGGCGGAAAGAGGAAACAUGUUCAUCAGUGGGGGCGAGCCGUGGAAAAUCCCGAGACGGGUAUUGCGGUUAGAACGUGCGUGGACUGCGGAAUGGAGGUUGAAGAGCUGGAAUUUUGA